AUGAAAAUCCAGCAAAAUUUACUGUUUAAUAUCACUUUAUUUUGCUUUGCAGCUAAAUGUGAAAUCAAAACUAAACCAGAUAGAACUGCCGAGAAGAAAUUGGUUGGGGUGUCUACCAAAUCUACAACUAAGAAACCUAAGCAGGAUGUCAUAAAACGUCCACCAAAAGUCAAACCCCCAGCAUCUCCAGCCCAGAACCAGGCAGGAGGGUCCAUCCUCUCCCAAGUCAUGCAGAGAGGGAAGUUCCAGCAGGUUGGUGACACAAUUACUGUGAAGGUCGGUCAAACCUUGGAUCUGCGCUGCAAGGGGACCUCAGUCCGAUGGAACUACCCGCACUACCUGCAUGAGGAUGACGAGGGAAGACUCAAGAUUAAACACUUCGGCCGGUACAGUCAGCUCAUUGUGUUGAACACUACUGCAGCGGAUACUGGUGAAUUCAGCUGUGGUGGGUAUCAGUGUACUGGAGAUGGCUGCCAUGGUGGAGAGGAGAAGACUGGCAAGACAUUUGUGUUUGUCACAGAUCCCCAGGAACUUUUUGUCCCAACUGAAGAUUAUUAUGUGGUUGUCCAAAUGCGCACAAGACAACCAGCUCUGCUGCCCUGCCAGAUCACCAACCCGUUAGCUAAAGUAACCUUGCACCGAGAGUUCCACCAGAGCAGAUCCCUGUGGAUGGGGCAAAAAAUCUCCUUUGAUCAGAAGAAGGGAUUCGUCAUAUAUCAACCACAGGUUUCUCUUGCUGGUUCUCUGUAUUGUAUUGCAGAGUUUGAUAACCUUCGCCAGAUGUCCACCAAGUAUAUGUUGAUCUACGUGCACUUUCCAUCAGCUCCACCUAAACCUACAAUUGAAGCAUCAGUGAAGUCAGUUCGGGCUGGAGAGAAUUUUGUUGUCACUUGCACUGUGCUGGGUGAUCUGGACAUUGCUGUAGAUUUCACCUGGACCUAUCCUGGGCAGAAGAUUGGUAGACCUCCUUAUGUCCGAGAGAGCAAAUCCCAGACCAGAAGAGGUGGCCAGUUGCUGCAAGUGUCUCAAACCAUCUUGAGUAUUGACGAAUCUCGAGCAGGGGAUGAUGGCACCUAUACCUGCACUGCUCAGAACCUCCAGGGGAGCACCUCAGUGAACACAAAGGUUUCUGUCCUUCCUGCUGCUGCCACAGCCAGAAACUAAGGACAA